AAGGCUGAAGACCUGGGCAUGGUACAGAAGCUGCUGCAGAGACCCAAGGCUGGCAAAGCCAAGCUCCUGGGUUCUGCAAAGAGAGUGAAUGUAAAUUUUCAAGACGCGGAUGGGUUUUCAGCUCUGCACCAUGCCGCUCUUAUCGGGAACAAUGAACUCAUCUCUUUGCUCCUGGAUGCUCAGGCUGCCGUGGACAUCAAAGAUAACAAAGGGAUGCGUCCGCUUCAUUAUGCAGCCUGGCAGGGCAAGAAGGAACCAAUGAAAUUACUGCUAAAGUCGGGUUCUGCUGUGAACAUCCCGUCUGAUGAGGGACAGAUCCCUUUACACCAGGCGGCACAGCAUGGACAUUACGAUGUGUCGGAGAUGUUACUUCAGCACCAGUCCAACCCCUGCAUCAUGGAUAUUUCUGGAAAGACCCCUCUGGACUUGGCCUGCGAGUUUGGAAGAGUGGGAGUUGUUCAGCUGUUGUUAAACAGUAACAUGUGUUCAGCAUUACUGGAACCAAAGCCUGGAGACAGUACAGACCCCAAUGGGACCAGCCCUCUGCACCUCGCAGCUAAGAAUGGCCACAUUGAUAUCAUUAGGCUUCUGUUACAAGCUGGUAUAGACAUUAACAGGCAGACCAAAUCGGGAACAGCCCUCCAUGAGGCGGCCCUGUGUGGGAAGACUGAGGUCGUCCGGCUUCUCUUGGAUAGCGGGAUCAAUGCUCAUGUAAGAAACACCUACAACCAAUCCGCGCUGGACAUAGUGAAUCAGUUUACAGGAACCCAGGCCAGCAAGGAGAUCAAACACAUGCUACGAGAAGCUUCGGCAGCUCUGCAGGUCAGGGCACUGAAGGAUUACUGCAAUAAUUAUGAUCUGACCAGUCUUAACAUAAAAAUGGGAGAUGUGAUCACGGUUUUGGAGCAGCAUCCUGACGGCCGGUGGAAAGGUUGCAUCCAUGACAACCGGACGGGCAAUGACAGAGUGGGCUACUUUCCAUCCAGUCUUGUUGAGGCCAUCACCAAGCGAACAGGCUCUCGGGGAUCAGAUUCUAGUCCAUCUCACAUGUCUCCGGGAUCUACUUCUGUGGUCCCUACUGAGGAAAUUUGGGUAUUGAGGAAACCGUUUGCAGGUGGUGAUCGAAGCAGCAUGGGCAGUACAGGAAGCGCCGCCAGUGGUCGAAGUUCUGGGAGCGGUCAGAGUGCUAACAGUGCUAAUGCUAUACCCGCUAGUGCAGAGGGGGUCAAGCUGCUCGCCACUGUUCUUUCCCAGAAGGCAUUGGGGCAGGAGCCUGGAGACGCCUGUGAGGGCCACACAGGACCUCCGCGACCCCAGAGCGUAUCAAGCUCUCCCAAUAUUGAACAGACGUACGGGGACCACUCGAAGAAGAUGGAGCCUAUGACCGAAGGAAAGAGCUCAGAAGCUGUGUUCCAGUGGCUGUGCAAGUUCCAGCUCCAGGUCUAUGCUCCUAAUUUUAUCAACUCUGGCUAUGACAUCCCAACCAUCAGCCGCAUGACACCAGAGGAUCUUACUGCCAUUGGAGUUACAAAGCCGGGACACCGGAAAAAAAUUGUCUCGGAAAUCAGCAGCCUGAACAUCGGGGAGUGGUUGCCUGAUUACAAACCCGCCAACCUGUCCCUCUGGCUUUCAAUGAUCGGGCUGGGUCAGUAUUACAAAGUGCUGGUAGAGAAUGGCUAUGAGAAUAUUGAUUUUAUCACCGAUAUCACAUGGGAAGACUUGCAGGAGAUUGGAAUCACUAAACUGGGUCACCAAAAGAAGUUGAUGUUGGCUGUAAAGAAGCUGGCGGAGAUCCAGAGGUCAGAGUAUGGCAACUCGGGCAGCAUGAGAAGGAGGCCACCUCAGAAGAGCAUUGAUGCAAUGAGCAUUGAUUCGCCUCCUCCAGACAGUGGCGAGUGCCAGUCUCCUAAAAUGAAAACCUUCCAAGACAGCGAACUGAGUGAUGAGCUGCAAGCAGCUAUAAGUAGCGAGACUCCAGAUGGCCCUGAAAAGCAGAUUAACCAUGUGGUGCACCAUCGAGAAGGAUCUUAUCGAGGUCCCUCAGGGGCAAGGCUCCACCACGAAAGCAGUCUGAGCGGCCGAGCUAGACAUAUCAGCAGUUCCCAAGAACUCUUGGGAGAUGGAACCAAGACACCUAGCUCUCCUAUGUCCAAGAGCCAGGAAUAUUUAACGGAAGAUGUGAAGAGAGAGGAAGUGGUUAGAGAGUCCAGACCUCUCAGGCAAGGACAUUCAGUGAAGAGGGCCAGCGUGCCACCUGUUCCAGGAAAACCCCGGCAGUCAUUCCCUCCUCCUGGAGGGCAGACCUACACCCCUCCACAGACCCCAACAAAAGGGACUCCUUCUUCCCCACAGGCUAACACUCCUCAAGCUACUGCCAAAGUCAAGCCAACACCCCAGCUUCUUCCACCAUCUGACCGACCCAUGUCUCCCCGCUCUCUGCCUCAGUCUCCCACGCACAGAGGCUUUGCCUAUGUUCUUCCACAACCCAUUGAAGGUGAAGGAAUUCCCGCUCACUUGGUACAGGCAGUGCCCGUGCUACCAGUGUCGGUUCCAGUGCUGUGCCUUCCACCAGCAGGUAGUGAGGGAGAAGAUGAGGAUGUGGAGGAUGGAGAGAGGAGUGAUCAUGGCCGACCCAAAAAACGGGCCCACAGUUUGAAUCGUUAUGCAGGUUCUGAUGGAGAGCGCGAGGAGCUGUUGGUUAUUGAUGGAGGUCCAUAUGGCACAGGGCAGAGGCGAGUUGGUAGGAGUCACUCUGUAAGAGCACAGUCUGGAGGUGACAAGAAUGUAAAUCGCAGUCAGUCAUUUGCAGUGCGCCCCAGAAAAAAGGGUCCUCCACCACCACCACCAAAACGUUCCAGUUCUGCCAUCUCUGGGACCAACCUCGGUGAUGGGUUGUCUGCUGAGGAUGCAGGAGGAGAGUGUUACCGAGAACAAAGAAGAGCAAGUGACUUUGGUGGUAUAGUGGACACUGGAAGUGCCGGCAGUGUAAAGAGUAUCGCUGCUAUGCUGGAAUUGUCAUCCAUUGGUGGUGGGCCAAGGGCAAUGACUGGUCUGAGGCCAAGAGGAUCUGAUGGCUACUGUGUUCACCUCCUACCUCAUCCGGGCAGCCCUGAACUUCACCGAUUCCCAGGCACUGUGGCUGGUGUCAAACACCGUGAAGCCAUCGGUCUGGAUGGAGAGGUGGUUAACCGUCGGCGAACCAUCAGCGGACCAUUGACUGGUUUAGUAACAGCAGCUCGAAGAGAGCGGCAAGAGGUGUCAAGGUCACCAGAUUCCCCACGCAGUCCUUCUGAUGUCAUGCCCUUUGCAGAGGAGCGCAAGCCGACUAUUAAACAUCGUCCACGGCCGUCACGGACAGAACAGGGAGACUCACUUGCAGAUUCUGCCAAGCACACGGACUUGACCUCUGUUGAGUCUAGCGUGACUCUGAAGCGUCGCGUGAGAGCCAGACAGGGCCAGCAUUCUGGAGAUGUGAAAUUCCUGUUGACGGAAUCGGACACCGUCAAGCGGAGGCCCAAGCCUCGAGACAAGGAAGGCGGAGGAAUAGGGAUGGAGCCUUUGGCUGUGUAUCAGAAUGGGAUGGGGACUGUAAAGCGCCGGCCCGUUUCAGAAUUGAGCGUGGGAGGGACAGGACGACAGGACAACGCAGAGCAUAUAGCACAGACUCCAGAACGCAGUGUUAAGCCUCCUGUCUCACCAAAGCCCACCAUUAUACAGCCUGCCGGAAAGGGCCUGUCGCCAUCCAUAUCCACACCCACAAAGAAGGCCCCUCUGCCAGGCCCUGGAGGAGAAGUAAGGAAGGUAAUGGGGACACCUCCUCCUGUCUUCCCCAAACCUACUCCUCCCCCAAUAGCCCCUAAACCCCCAAAACCUCAUGCCAUCAUUCAGUCCUCUAGUGCCAGCUCAACUCCAGCCCCUUCUCCCGUCAAGCAACCGAACAACAUCAAACCUUCCAGCACUCCCCCGUCCCUGUGCUCCAGCCCCGCUAAGCCCCUGACUCCGGGUCACCCUCUACAGGUUCCCAUCAAGCCCCCCAGACUGUCCAUCACCAGCUCUUCCAUAGAGGGAGGGAGUAACGAGGCCGCGCAGCAGAAGCUGGAGGAGACCAGCGCGUCACUGGCUGCAGCACUGCAAGCUGUGGAGGAGAAGAUUAAACAGGAGGAUUCACAGAAGGCCAGUUCCCUGAAGGAGAAGAGCACAGUCAGUAUUCUGGAUGACAUUGGCAGCAUGUUUGAUGACCUUGCAGACCAGCUGGAUGCUAUGUUGGAGUGAAAUUUCAGUGUUUGUACGUGUGGUGGUCUCCUUAAGGCAAGGUCCCACAGACUGCUUCUUGCCUCUUCCCAUGUUGCUGGUUCCUGUACAGACCAUCCGCCUUCUCCUAGGAACCUUCUGAGUCCUGUACCCCUCGCCGCCCCGCAACACAUGCCUAACCUUAGCACAAACAAGCAAUGUCGAAUACCUCAGGAUUGUGCUCAUUCGGGGCAGCAUGGGAGGAGGCCAACCGAGAGGUGGCACCAGCUACUGGGCUCGGCCGUUCCAGCAUCAGGACCAGUUCCAGAAUGCAUUGCAGAGCAGAUCCCGGUCACAACCUGGAUUGAGAUGACCGCAGUCUGUUGAUGGAUUGACUAAACAUACUGCAAAGCACUAUGGGAGAACGGAUAUUGUCCAGCAGUGAAACAGCACGCAUCCUGCCAUCUACGUCAAUGUCAUACCGCCGACCUAUGGUGAAUCCUUCUCAUUUUGUAUUUCUUGUUUUUUCGUUUUCUUGUUGGAAUUGCUGUUAUUAUUCUGUGUAAGAAAGGGAUAUGAAAUCACUCCAUCGAGAAACUUUGGGUGGCUGUCAAAUACCCCGUACCCUUGGCUGCCCAUAUUUUAGAAGCCACAUAUUUCUCCAGUUACGGUGUGUUUCUGCAUUGUUAGGUGCCAUGGAAUUUGCCAGGACAGCAGGGGGAGCCCAUAUUGCAGUCUAGGGCCAUGUCGUCAACCGGAGGCCAACAAUCCAGUGAUCUUCAAGCUACCCGACCUUCAUUACAUAAGCAUUUCUGUAUCCCUUCCCUGUUGAACCAAAUAGUGGAGCAUGCAAAACUCAUCUCAUCGUGGACUUCCUAAAAUAUUCAAAGUUGUCUUCUGCUCCCUAGCAGUUAGGAAUAUGCCCAGAGUGUAA